CCUUCCCUGUCCUCUUUCAGACCGUCUGUUUUUGCUGCAGUGAACGGUGGCUGUGGGAGACGCGCACACACCAAACAGAGAGUAAAGAGCCCAGGAAAAACAGGAGUCGCGAGUGGGAGCGUGGAGAUAACAGGGGGAAAGUCGAUGAAAGCGGACCGAUAGAAGUCUCGGGACGAGCGACAAUAGCGCACCAACGGAGGGACCUUACCGGAGACCAGGGCGGACAAAAACACCGAUUCCCGGAGGCGGAAUCUGACGGGUGACCCCUCACAGCUCCUCAGCCCUCCUGAGCUUUCAGUGACGCAGGCGGAUCCGUGUGCCCCACCAUGGCCUUCCCAUCAGCCCCUUCCACGCGAUGGAGUGUCAGCUUAUUGACAGUACUAUUCACAGCUGCGGUUCACAGCAACAUUGCUUAUGACGAAGACCCCUUGCAGCCUGUGACCUCUGAUGAGACUGUGCCCGUUGGGGGCACAGUGACACUAACAUGCCGGGUGGCAGAGUCCGAUAAUUCAUCUCUGCAGUGGUCCAACACGGCACAGCAAACUCUGUACUUUGGGGGAAAAAGAGCACUGCGGGACAACCGAAUCCAGCUGUAUCGCUCCUUGCCCACAGAGCUCUCCAUCACCAUCGCGGACGUGCAGCUGUCUGACGAGGGCGAGUACACCUGCUCCAUCUUCACCAUGCCGGUCCGCACCGCACGAGCUACUGUCACCGUGCUGGGUGUGCCUAGUAAACCUCAGAUUUCUGGGUCUGAGGAUGCAGUGAUGGAGGGUGAAACGGUCACCCUGACCUGCACCAGCACUGGCAGCAAGCCCCCUGCUAAGAUCCAAUGGUACAAAGGAGCCGAGGAACUGACAGAUCAUCUGUAUAUGGCAGAGCCACUUCCAGAUGGGCUCACAUACAACGUGAGCAGCACGCUCUCCCUGACGGUGAGCUCCAAUGACGACAACGUCCCCAUCACCUGCGCAGUCAACCACCCCUCUCUUGCCCUGGGGGACAAGAGGAGCGAGCAGGCUCUGCGAGUGUUGUACUCCCCAAUCAUACAGAUCCAGCCUGAGAAGGGGCUACCAAGAGAGGGGGGGAAGUUCUCCCUUCAGUGUUUGACCAACGGCAACCCAGAACCUGCUAACUACAUCUGGGAGAGAAGAGAUGGAGACCUCCCUCUGUUGGCCAAACCUGAUGGAGCUGUCUUGUACUUCUCCAUGCUCAACAAAUCCGACAACGGCGUCUACGUCUGCCACGCUGACAACGGCAUUGGGAAAAGCAGCGGGGAGUACACGCUUCAGGUGCAAGAUCUUACCAAAUCAGACUCCCCAGACACCACCCAGCCCCCCAUUGGUUCUCCAGAUUCUUCAUCCUUCACCCACUUACUGCCAUUGUCUUCCACUCCUGACGUUUUUUUUGGUUCAGGCUCUGAAUCCACUGACUUCCCGCUCUUUUCUUCCUCCACUACCUCCCCGUCAACCGCAGUCAUUUCAACCACGUUGUCCUUCUCCGCCACCACCACCCUCUCCAACGCCCUCUUCCCUGACAUGCCGCUUUCUCCUGAAUCUUCCUCAUCCUCCCCUAAAGCUGUCCCUUCCUCUGCAAGCAUCCCUCCUCUCAAUGCCACUCCCUCCUCCUCCUCCUCCUCCUCCCCCACAUCCCCAGUUUCCGUCCGGCUGGAUGGACUUAACACUUUCACAGAAGAAGAUGCAGGCAACAUCGCAGACCCCACUGCCAUGUCGACGUCUUCGGGAGUGGACCACGCGGUGAUCGGAGGGGUGGUGGCCGUUAUAGUCUUCAUCCUGCUUUGCCUGCUCAUUGUCUUUGGCAGAUACCUAAUCAGACACAAAGGGACGUAUCUGACCCACGAAGCCAAGGGCUCGGACGACGCCCCUGACGCUGACACGGCUAUCAUCAACGCCGAGGGAGGCCACUCUGGAGCGGACGACAAGAAGGAGUACUUCAUCUAGUCAAAGGACGAAAACGCUGGAGGAAAAGAAAAGAUGCUGGAGCAGCAGAGGAGAAGUAGGGGUGGAGUGAAGGAAAGAAACAAAGCUCUGUUUGUUUUCUCUUCGGUUCUGUCUGAGGGAUGGUGGGGGGGAGGGGAGGAACUGUGGGUGGGAUAAAGACAUGAGCUUCAACUACCCUCUUUGGUUUGAUACAGGGAAGAGAGAAUUUGCACUGACAUUCGGAUGAACUGAAUUUAAAACACACACACACACAGACACACGUCAAAUUUUGAACAAACCAGUGUUUUCACACAGACUUGAUGCUUGUAGACGCUCAGAUGAACAGACCCAGACUUUCUACUAACUUGAUUUUGACUCAUUAUCACAUUGUCACACAAGCGUCCUUCUCUUACGUGCUGCGAAAACAGAAAUUGUAAGUCACAUUCCGACAUUUCCUCACAAUGUUUCCUUUCUUCAGCCUCCACACCUUCUUUUUCUGACAUUUCUACCAAACCUGACUCAUCCUUUUCGUCUCAGAACAAGACACAACUCUGUCUAAACAACAAUUUUGACUCACAAACUAAAUUUCUUACUUUUAGAAUUCAAUUUGACCUCUAAAUCCAGGUGCAAAGAUUUUUCCUCUCUUAAAAACCUCCAAUACUGGUGCAAAAAUAGCAUUCCCACCUUGUGCAGCCAAGCAUAUGAAUAAAUACUUAUAUAUAUACAGUAUAUAUAUAUAUAUAUAUACAUAAAUUAUAUAGCAUUCUUUUUACAAGACGAAAAAUGUUUGGUGUGCUGUAAAUACACACUCUGUCUCUCUCUUUCCUCUUUCAUUCAUCCUGUUACUGACAGUAGUAACGCAUAUACUCUAAAAAAGCCUGCCUGUUUCUAUGACAUGCGUGGACAUGCAGUCGAAAAUAUCAAUAUCUGGGGGAAAAUUGUAAAUUUAACAACUAUGAUGUUGCGAUAAAAACUAACCUUAUCUGCAAAUAUUUGUACUGAAUGAAGGAUGUUUUUCAAGUUUGAUUUGCCCUUUGUUCUCUCUCUCUCUGCAGCGUCUCUGUGUUACUGUCAGUGUUAACGGUUUACAGUGUCUGAUGGUUUUUCUGUCACAAACUCCAUAAUCCUGAUUUCAAAUGUGUGUGUUGAUUUUGUGGGGCUUGAUCCUGUGCAUCGUGUUGAGUCGCCCGUCAGACCCGACAAACAUUACAGUGUAGCAGGAGCUGAAAGGACAGAAACUCUGAAAGGUGUCCCAGUCUUUUCAUGGAGUUUGUAGUGCUCUGCUGAAUCUAGCUUUCACCUUCACCCUUUUUCUGCCCGGCAACAGACCACUGUUCUUGGAGGCUUGGCGCUAAAUUCGCUGAGUAGUGACAUCAUAGACGUCCUCUAAAAAGCUGGCAUGUUUGCCGCUUCAGGACAGGGAGCGUUUUCCACUCAAGGUUAGACAGGACCGCCCAUGUGAAUUCUAUCAAAUGUUGUUGGGUAAAAACAAAAGGAAAUUUGUAGCUAUGAAACUCAUUUACCAGCUUUACAAAAGAUUCCCUUAAAUGAACUGUUUUCUCAGAGUUGGGAGCCUGCCUUUUCCGUGCGAUCGCCACUGAGCCCGGUGGAAUUGAUUGCAAUCGAACUGAGAGGUACUGGAUGGUGGACUGUGCACGUGCCAAGGUUUGGUUUGGCAGGCAUUGUUCCCGGUCUGGGCUGAGCUAGCUGAAGAAAGUCAUUUAGGAGCCUAAAUGCCCUCUUCUCCUCUCUGCUUCGCAUCCGCCUCUUUCAUGGUUUAAUCAAUCAACCCGUCUGCGUCCCAAUCCACCUUCACCUUUUUUCUCCUCUCCUCCGCAUCACCAUCUCCGAAUCGAUGUCGACUCUCCUCGCCCAUCUUUGUUUAUUUAGGAUUUAGCAUCUCUGGAUGGUAGCCGAUGGAGCUCUGUGGGAGGCUUUUGGAAAGGAAUCCCUUCACCUCUGUCAGUCCCGCUCUGUCUGUAAUCAUUUUUCCAACCUUUCCAAUUGAUCAGGGAUUUUGUUUGUUUCCCCACAUUGUCCUUAACUGCUACCUGCUGCUUUGAAAACAAGUAGCGCAGCUAGAAGGCUUAUCAUCUAGUGAUUCUGUUCUGGGAUCUGAAGUCGGGUCAGCUGCUUUCCCUUCUUUCUUUUCCUUCAGACCCAUACCCACGAGCUGCUGCCUGGAUUCCACAAUGGCUAAUUCCCUGCAUAAGAUGAUGAUGCAGUGUUUAGGGAGUUUUCGAGACGUCCCCUCGCUACAGAUUCAAAGCUGAGGCCUUUCCUGGUGGGCUUUGUACUUUCAGGAAUCUCCUCCAGCCUCGGCUGCAUGUUAGGUCAACGUUCAGCAGCAGCCACCGUGUGAAAAACCUCACGCACUUUCAGCAGAGGCGGCUUCCUCAACAGGAUGCAGAGGCGGCGAGAGUUUACGAUCUUUAUUGGACGUUUUUAGUGAAGAAGAAAUCACAACACUGCUUAUGUCCCCCUUCAGCGUUUUAUUCGUCUCAUGUCUGCAGACCAGAGAACAGGCUUUGUCUCACUGAGCCAGCGGCUCACUUCAAAGAUGUAAGCGAUGAAUUGUAUUUAGCCUCAGUCUAACUUCUCUGUGAAUGAAGAAUGGAGGACCUGCCUCAUUCUCAACAGAAGUGUCGUCUAAUAAAAGUUGAUGGACCUGUAGUUGCCUGUGAUUUCGUGUCCUGUCCUUUGUCUUAUUCGAUGUGCUAGCAUGUAGCUUGCAUGAGAAGGGUUUGAAACUACUGUAGAUAUUUCUGGAGAUAAGAAGCUCCUCCCCUGAGACAGGAGCGGCGGUCUGCCCAGCAGACCUCCCAGCCGUCCUCUAAUCUGCAAACAUGAGCCGUGCCCCAGUUUAAUCCAGCUGCGCCUUCUCAAAAGUGCAGUCGUCCCCAAACAACUUCCAAGGCAAACAACCAAAGCGGACUCCUUUGAUUUUUGCUUUCCCUCUGCUACUGCAAACAUGAAAGCCACAUUGGGUGGUGGCUGAGCUGGGACACAUCAGUGCAGUGAUGGCCGUUUGUCACCAGAUGCCAGCAAACAGCAGCUUUGGCUUCUCCUCCCUCCACAUGCGGCUGACUCUGACGCUCAUCAGGCAGACACUCAUAUCUUUUCUUUUUGUAGAGCCAAUCUAUUUUUUAAAUCAGGUUUUGUAAAAGUUGUGCAUAAUCUUCAGUGUGUCGCUUUCAUUUCUCAACCCUCUCAUUUCCUUAAAGUUAGAUUCUGCAAAAUUUGAAUGUUAGAAAUGUAGUUUUUUUGCAUAUUUCAUUGUCUCAACGGCCGUUUUAGAAUCCUUUCAUGUAUAUAGCAUUGCCUUUACAGGAGACUCUGACAUGCAUCCGUGCACACUUUGGUACACACGUGGGAUACAAACACAUCCACACACAUAUUUGGAUAUGCACAGCAGGCAUGGCGUCUGUGAAUAUUUGUACAUAUGUGUGUGAAUGUGUGUUUGUGUACGAGUGUGAAGUGUGUGACCUAAACAGACUCUGGAGACACUCUUUAUGUGUGUUGCAUACACAUAAAUGUUUCUUAUUUCCAUGACUAAUAAAAUGUUGGGUUUUUUUUGGUCUUUUUGAAUGAAAAGUCUUCCUUUCUAGUAAAUAUCCAUAACCCACGGGAAUAGUGCUGUCAUGUGUGUUAAUUUGUAAAAUGACGGAUGAUGUCAUGUGAGACCCGCCCACACAUGCUGUGGUGGGUUUUGCUUCUAUUGGCUGUUUUGUCCACAAAGCAUUUGUUCCUGCUUUAUUUUCUUUUCUGUUUUUUUUAGACGAUCAGUUCAAUUGUUGACUUCAAUAAAUAUUCAUUUGGGUUAUUUUCA